CUGGACCACUCCCAUUACGGGGGGGUGCCGCCGGGCGCCGGGCCCCCGGGCCUGGGGGGGCCGCGCCCGGUGAAGCGCCGGGGCACCGCCAACCGCAAGGAGCGGCGCAGGACUCAGAGCAUCAACAGCGCCUUCGCCGAACUGCGCGAGUGCAUCCCCAACGUGCCCGCGGACACCAAACUCUCCAAGAUCAAGACGCUGCGCCUGGCCACCAGCUACAUCGCCUACCUCAUGGACCUGCUGGCCAAGGACGACCAGAACGGCGAGGCGGAGGCCUUCAAGGCGGAGAUCAAGAAGACAGAUGUGAAAGAAGAGAAGAGGAAGAAGGAGCUGGUUAGUAUCCGGGGGCUGUGGGGGUGCGGGUUACAGGGGGCCGGCACGCCCCGUCUCUCUCCAAACGGGAUGAGCAGCGGCGCCCCUCUUUCUUUGGCUGCGUCCUGAGCCUAGGUUGUUUGCACCGGGUUGUGGUUAGGGAUGGUUUCCCGAAGAGGCAGAGAUGGGGGAGGGUGUCAGCAAGAGGGGGGAGGUUAAGAGGGGUGCUUCUGGCUGGCGAUCUUCCCUCCGGGUCUUCGCUGCUCCCCCAGGCACUUAGGGUGGACCCCGCGGACUCAGGGUCUCGAUCGCUCUUCCGAGCGCCCUGGCCCAGGCCCCUCAUUCCGCGUCCUGUAGAAGCUUCACCCGGCCUCCAGUCCGAUGCUUUCAGAUAUCUCAAAAAUAAGUCACCCCCCAAACUCUCAACUCCAACUAUUUCGCUGUUGAUUCCAUUUCCACCCCUUGAGAACGCGGCUGCCACUGAUUCUAAGGGCGUGUUGUAGUUGUUCUUACCGUGCCCCGGAAGGCGGAAAGGUAAACAGAAUAUAAGUACUUUUAACUUCAAAAUGCAGCCCCAGUUUCUCUUUGCGAUGAAGUUUAAAUGUAACUUAUCAGAUGAGUAUAUUUCGUGGGUAAUUCUUGGUUUGUCUGCGUGGCUCUGCACAUUUUAAGACAAACAGUAACUAUCGCUGUGAUCAUUGUUGUUGUUGUUAACAGAAACACGAAAUUGUAACUGAAAGCAGCUUUCUCAAGUUCCUACCAAGCGCCCUUAGGGUGGUGGUGUUCAGAGCAGGGCUGUUGCCAAAAGGGCCUAGAAAAUAGAGUGUUUCUUCGCUGAGGCCUGUGGCGCUUUCGUCGCUGCAUAAACGAGUGGCCUCUAGAAUAACCGGGGAUUUCAGAGGCCUGGAGGGGAGGCCCCGCCGAGCCGGGCGUUAGAGAACCGCUGGCCCGCGGGCCCGAGCCGGGGCGAGGGGACUUCUUCCCAUCUUCCUGAGAGCACGGAUCAGGGGUUGCGAUUGAAAACAGGGAAACCCCAUUCAGUGCGGACCCCCUCGCAGGGCCCCCAGCCCUUCCAUAAACGACUCGAAACCCGGCGAUUGUUUUUAUAAACGUGCUGAUUCGGUCGUUGAGCGUCGCGGGCGCUGGGAGGCCUGGGCGGCAGCUUAGGGCAGCGGCGAUCUUCGUGGCUUUUCUGCAGGGUCUAGGACUUAAAACCACCUCGCUUCGCACCCCUUCCUCUGUCUCACUAUUUCCUGGAGCCCCCGGGGAGCGCGGGGGUUGGCGUGGCACCAGGUCUCCUUUCUGAAUUUCUCUUCCC